UUUUGAGCUGAGGAGCAUGCGCAGCUUUUUAUAGACCCUGAAACGGCUGUGGGGUAGCCACGGUCACGCGGUUCUUCUUUGUUCCUGUUCUUCUGGUUGAAACCUGAUUUCUUCAGCCCAUCUUCCGAGCAGGUGAAGCCUGAGGGGCAGUACAGACGUAGAAAUCUCCGACCUGUUCCUCCUCCAGCGGAGUUUGUGAAUAUCUGUGGGAGAAGAGAGCACCUAAAAAGAAGAAAGAAAACUCAGUGUGGUUUCCAUGUGGGAGCUCUGUAUACCUGACUCUCCUUUGAUAAAGGACUGGAGAAAGUGGCCUUUUCAGCAUUUCCAGGUUUCUUUUGCUUGUGAGUGUGGUGGAAGCAGAAAAAGGGGCUGUGUUGAGGCCUUUGAAGGUACGUUGUCAAAAUGCAGAUGUGACUCCUCUGCAUGUCAUCACCUGAGAAAAGAACCAAGAGCAGGAGCAGGACCACGAGGACAUGGCUACUUCUCAGGGAUUGUUGACCUUCAGGGACGUGUCAGUAGAUUUGUCUUGGGAGGAGUGGGAAUGCCUGGACCCAGGUCAGCGGAAGUUGUACGUGGAUGUGAUGUUGGAGAACUACAGGACCCUGGUCUCCCUGGGUCUUUUUGUCUCUAAGCCAGUUCUGGUCACCUUUUUGGAGCAAAUGAAGGAGUGCUGGAUUAUAAACAGGGAAAAGAUGGUAUCUGCCCCUCCAGCUGUGUCAUCUGAAGACAACCAGGCCUUGUUGAGAAAGCCAAGGAUAGAAGAUUUUUUCUCUAAAGUAAUACUGAGUACAUAUAGUGAAGAAAGAAGUUAUCAAGGUAAUGAACAUUGGAAAAAUUUUGACCAUGGCUUUAAUCCUUACAGACAUCAGAAUCUUCAGCUUCCAGACAACCAUUAUAAAGACCAAAAACUCUUUGACAAAAUGUCAAAUUACAGUACACAUCAGGUUAUUCCUAUUGUGGAGGAAACACACAAACAAGGUAGAUGUGUCCAGUCUUUGAAGCAGUCCUCCAAUCACAUUAAACAAGGGAAUACUGGUACCAGUGAAGUCACUUACCAAUGUGUACAAUGUAGCAGUGUCUUCGGUCAUACACUCAAUCAAAAUAGACUUAAGAAAUGCCAGACUGUAGAAAGCCAUCAUGAAUAUAAAGAAUGUGGAGAAACAUUCAGUUGGCUUUCAGAUCUCAGUGUACAUCAGAAAAGUCAUAUGGGAAAGAAAUUCUACAAAUGUAAAUUGUGUGGCAAAGACUUUACAAGGCAUUCACGUUUUAGUGCACAUGAGAAAAGAAUUCAUACUGGGGAGAAACAUUACCAGUGCAGAGAAUGUGGUAAAGCCUUUAGCAAGUUGUCAUACCUUAAGCGGCAUGAGAGAAUUCAUACGGGAGAAAGGCCUUAUCAAUGUAUAGAAUGUGGGAAAGCCUUUAGCCAGUCCUCAGGGCUUAUUCAACAUCAGAAAAUUCAUACUGGGGAAAAGCCUUAUAAAUGUAGAGAAUGUGGUAAAGCCUUUAGCAAAUUGUCAUACCUUACACGGCAUGAGAAAAUUCAUACAGGAGAAAGGCCUUAUAAAUGUAGAGAAUGUGAUAAAACCUUUAUGUGGUUGUCAGACCUUACAAGACAUGAGAACAUUCAUACUGGUGAGAAGCUUUAUCAAUGUAGAGUGUGUGGUAAAGCUUUUAAGCAGUCCUCAAAACUUAAAUGCCAUCACAGAAUUCAUACUGGAGAAAAGCCAUAUAAAUGUAAAGACUGCGAUAAAUCAUUUCGCCAGUCCUCAGCCCUUAUUUACCAUCAGAAAAUUCAUACUGGAGAGAAGCCUUAUAAAUGUAGAGAAUGUGGUAAAGCCUUUAUGGAGUCCUCAGUCCUUUCUAAACAUCAGAGAAUUCAUACUGGGGAGAAGCCUUAUAAAUGUAGAGAAUGUGGUAAAGACUUUGCCUGGUACUCAUCACUUAAUCUACAUCAGAGAAUUCAUUCAGGUGAGAAGCCUUAUAAAUGUAGAGAAUGUGGUAAAGACUUUGCCCGGUCCUCAAAACUUAAUCAACAUCAGAGAAUACAUUCGGGAGAAAAGCCUUAUAAAUGUAGAGAAUGUGGUAAGGACUUUGCCCGGUCCUCAAAACUUAGUCAACAUCAGAGAAUUCAUUCAGGAGAGAAGCCUUAUAAAUGUAGAGAAUGUGGUAAAGCCUUUACAGAUUCCUCAAGCCUUACUAAACAUCAGAGAAUUCAUACUGGGGAGAAGCCUUAUAGAUGUAGAGAAUGUGGUAAAGACUUUGCCUGGGGCUCGUCACUUUAUCUACAUCAGAGAAUUCAUUCGGGUGAGAAGCCUUAUAAAUGUAGAGAAUGUGGUAAAGACUUUGCCCAGUCCUCAAAACUUAAUCAGCACCAGAAAAGUCAUGCUGCACAGCCUUAUAAAUGUAGAGAAUGUGGUAAAACAUGUGGGUGUUCCUCCACCCUUAUUCAACAUCAAAGAAAUCAUCCUGAAGGAAAGCCUUACAUAUGUUCAGAGUGUGGUAAAUCCAUUAGCAAGUCCUUAAAUCUUACUCAACAUCAGAAAAUUUAUACUGGAGAGAAGCUUUAUAAAUACAGAGAAUGAAAGAAAGCUUUUAGCCCAUCCUCAAAACUUAAUUGGCAUCAGAGAUUUAAAAUGGGACAUAAGACUUGUAAAUGCAGAGAAUGUAGCAAAGCCUUUAGGUGUUCCUAAAAUCUUAAUCGACAUCAGCGAAUCUAUACUGGAGAGGAGUCUUAUAAAUGUAGAGAAUGUGGUAAGGGGCUUAGCCAGUCCUCUCACCUUUCUAAACGUCAGAAUAUUCAUACUGGAAAUAAUGUAUAUUAUGUAGUGAAGCCAUUAGGCUGUCCUCAUACCUUACUGACAUCACAGAAUUCAUAGAGGAUAAAAACUACAAAUGUAGGGAAUGGGUCAUAGCUUUUCACCUGUGCCCAGUAUUUCCUCAACAUAGGAGAAUUUAUGCUACAGAGAAACAAGGAAAUUUGAAAAACUUGACAAUACCUUUCACCAUUGUUCAACUGUCAUUCAACAUCAGAGAAGACUUAAAAAUAUAAUGAAUUUGGCAAAGCUCUUAAUCCUCCUUCAUACCUUAAUUCACAUCUGAUAAUUCAUACAGGAGAGAAGCAUAACCAAUAUAUUUAAAAUGUUGCAAAGCUCUAACCAGUAUUGAAACUUGAGUCAACAUCAGAGUUAAUUGUAAA